UUGGGCGGGCGGUGCUGAAGGGAAACGUCCAGAAGAGCGGAUAUUCUCAGACGCCGAGUGUAAUUGGUGUGAUUCCUGUCCCUGUUGGGUGGCUUAAACCUAUUCAUAGCGCGGGAGUAGGAUAGAGAGAGUGGGGAUGAGAUCCGCGCAGUGAUCCGCACGCAGUUGGAAAGGAAGGAAUUAUAAACAGGAGGGACGCACACGACUUGGUCAAAGUUUAUUUUGCGAAGUGGGUUUUUUUCCUUUUCUGCGGACAUCACUGCGCCUCAGAUUGACGCCGUGAUGGAAUGACACUUGGAGAGAGGAUGAUGGACACUUUGGCACCGGAGCUCCGUCUCAGAAAUCCCCCCGCUUACACCAGGCGCGGUGCUGCUGACCGAGCCCUCAGGACGGUGAUCAGUCAUUUGUUUUGAAGUGGCAGGAAAAUCCUCCUCUUGAUCGUUUUCUCCAAACAAGAGUGAGAGAUGGUGCGCACAGCGAUUCCUCUGAGACAGACGUGCGUACUCAUCACAUUGCCGUUAAGGAGCGCGUCUUAAAGAGCUUCUUUCUUCAUCCUUCUUCAUUCUUCUUCUCUGAACUUGUUGAACGGCGUUAAAGAGAGAGCAGGGGAACAGGGAGUACCCUGUACAAGAAAUCACCACAUCGCCACGCAGGAAGAGGACCAUGAUUGACAGCCGGGCAAGCUGAGGAGACCUGUCACUCAUCUUCCUAUCAGUGUGAAAGAGGGCUAUCUCCUUCUCGCCUUCCCCCCCCUCUUCCUCCUCCUCACUUCCACCCUACCUAAAUCCUCUCGUCUUAUCUACUCAAUGGUCUGGUAACCUCACUAUCCCUCAUAGUUAUCCAGCACUCGAGAAAAAGAGACAGAAGUAGUAAAGAAAAACAACGAGACACUUCUAAACCUUCCCUCGCUCCACCUGAGGGGAGCUUGGCAUGCCUCCUCACUCCAGUUGAGUGAGUUGUAGAAAGAGGGAUCCCUUGUUAGUACAGAAUACAGGAGAUACAGCUCCUCGAAGAAGGAGCCCAGAGAGGACCAGUCAUGCGUUUCCAUUUUGCGCUGACGCUGUGGACCAGCGUGUGCCAGGCCGUGCAGCACUACCCCGCCGCAUGGGGCCACUACGAUUUGUGUAAGUUCCAGAUUUACACAGAAGAAGGCUUAACCUGGGACUACAUGGCCUGCCAGCCAGAGGCCGCAGACAUGACCCAGUACCUAAAAGUCACUCUGGAUCCCCCCAACAUCACCUGUGGAGACCCUCCGGAGACAUACUGUGCCCUGGAGAACCCCUACAUGUGUAACAAUGAAUGUGACGCCAACACAGAGGAACUGGCCCACCCUCCAAAGCUCAUGUUUGACAUUGAGGGCCGUAAUCCCACUACUUUCUGGCAGUCCACAUCUUGGCAGAAGUACCCAAAGGCCCUUCUGGUAAACAUCACGCUAUCAUGGAACAAGACCAUCGAGCUGACUGAUGACAUCGUCCUCACCUUUGAGUCGGGCCGGCCCGAGCAGAUGGUCCUAGAAAAGUCUCUGGAUUAUGGAAGAACCUGGCAGCCGUACCAGUUCUAUGCCACUGACUGUCUGGACGCCUUCACCAUGGAGCCCAAGACGGUGCAGGACCUGACUCAGCACACACUGCUGGACAUCAUCUGCACAGAGGACUACUCACGAGGGUACGUGUGGAAGUAUGACAAAACGGUGCGCUUUGAGAUCAAGGACCGCUUUGCGCUGUUUGCUGGGCCCCGACUCCACAACAUGGCUUCGCUUUAUGGCCAACUGGACACCACCAAGAAUCUGCGGGACUUCUUCACCAUCACAGACCUGAGAAUCCGUCUGCUGCGGCCUGCCACAGGAGCUACCAUGGUGGACGAGGACAAACUGACCAGAUACUUCUACGCCAUUUCUGACAUCAAAGUCCAUGGCAGGUGCAAGUGCAACCUUCACGCCAACAGCUGUGUGUUUGACAAAGAGAAGUUGGGCUGCGAGUGUGAACACAACACCACUGGGCCUGACUGUGGCCGCUGCAAGAAGAGCUACCAGGGCCGAGCCUGGAGUUCUGGCUCCUACCUGCCCAUCCCCAAGGGCACCGCUAAUAUCUGUAUCCCUAAUAACAUUGGUCCAGUUAUUCGGCCGAAUGUGUCAUCCCUAGGUGUCGCUAACCGAAAAGAAGAGUGUAAUUGUAAUCCCUUUGGCUCAGUCAAUGAUCGCUGUAAUGGCACAGGAUUUUGUAUAUGUAAGGAGGGCACUACAGGGCCUAAGUGUCAGCAGUGUCUACCUGGCUAUUUGUGGGACGAUGGCUGCAAAUCCCGGGUGUGUGACAACGAGCUCCUGCGCUGCCAGAAUGGGGGGGUGUGUGUGAACAACGUGCGCUGCAGCUGUCCCUCAGACUACUCCGGCCUGCUGUGUGAGAAGUCCCGCUGCGAGGCGGAGCUGGGGGGCUGCCGGGGCCCCGACUCGGGGGCCGCCCUGCCUCCCCCCCCCCUCAGGCUGCUGCUGCUGCUGCUGCUGAGCUCCACUCUGCUGGGGGGGGCCUCGGCGCUCUGAAGAGACCGGGACCUGGUUGGAGUUUGUCACUCCCACCUUCUCCACUCUUACCCCCCCACCCAUUUCAAAUAAUCAACCAUUAAACAAGAACAUGAGCUUUCUGGACUAUCCAGAGCUUGUCCGCCAGACUCUAAGGACACUCCGCUGACGAUAAGAGAAUGUGCCAGACUAAUGAGUGCAAACACUUUUCAUUGAAUUUCAAAGAAUAUAUAGAAAUGAAAAAAAAACAUAUACUUCUAAAAAUGCCAGAUAUUAUUUAA